UACGUCGACAACAAAGAUGGCGGACUUUCGUUCAGGAUGUUCGGUAUUUUCUCGGUAAGUUGUUAUUUUCUCCGUUUUUCGGAGAUGUUCGCGCAGGAAAUGGCCUUUUAAAGCUAUGAUACGAUAAUCUCACUCAAAUUUUGCACGGUAUUCAUGUAAACAGAAGAGGACCGAGGUACAACGCGUUGUUGAACCUACAGCUGUGUCCCGCCCCCCUCCCACUCGGCAACUGAUCUAGCGGACGACAAUUUCUUUGCCCGUCUGCUAAGGAAAGGAAGCUACAUUUUCUCCAUACGUUGAUAAACAGUUACUGAUAACACGAUGCCAGGAAAGCCGCUUCAGGGUUGGUUUACUGGCGUCUGGGACAGAGUCUGCGCCAAGGUGAACAAGGCGGUUGUUUUCUUGGACGGACCCUCGGCAGAAGUCUUGCACUGGUGCGGAGGAGCUGCCAGGCUCUUCAAGGCUGGUGCAGUCAACGUCAAGGAGUUCUCAUCUUUUGAGUCUGCCAAAGAUGACCAGCCCAAGGCCGUGUUUGUGCUGUCCUCGGUGCUGAAAGGCCAGGCCAUGACUGUGAUCAGGGACAUCAUCACGGCCAGCCAGUUCCAGUACUGUGUGGUGGUGUGCAGCGUAAACCACUACACACACCAGACUGUACACGGGGCACAGGAGAGCGAGAGCAGGGAGGUGUUCGACCAGUUUGAGGAGAAGAUGUGUGAGUGGAUGGGGAACAUGAACUACACAGCAGAGGUGUUGUACGAGCCUGUGAGUUUUGCCCCCAUCUGUCCUGGCCUGUUCACCACACCAGCCUACUCCUCCAUGUUCCCUCUCACACCUUCAGACAUGGACAGUAUCAGGCAGAUGAGAAUAGCAAGGGGUGAAGCAGUCGGGGAUGACUCUAUGAAGAUAGACUUCAGCCAUCUGUCAACUGAUCUGCAGAUUUGGAUCAAGAUGCUGGUGUCGAACCUCAGCAGCCUGUUUGAGGGGUUGAAUGUCAGAGAAGACUGUUACGCUGUCGGCCCCUUCAGCAGAGUCAUCGCUUCUGAGCUGGCAAAUCUCAACUCUGCCAAGAACAGGAGAAAAACAGCAGCCAACAAAGCGUCCAUCCUGUUUGUGGACAGGAGUCUGGACAUGGUGGGUCCGUGUGGUCAUCAGACGGACUCCCUCGCCGACAAGGUCAUUACCCUGUUGCCACGGUUACAGGGACACACGGUGGACGUGUCCAUCAACAUGACCAGUCUGCUGUCCAAGGGAGCCCAGCUGUAUCCCCAGCUGAUCUGCCCAGGCACACUGAGCCAUGCAGACUCAGCAUCACAGGCUCUACUCAACUCAUUUGUCACACUCAAGCAAAAGGAGUGCCUGAUGGAUGUAAACAGGCACCUGGUGGAAGUGGCGACCCAGGAGAAGCUGCUGGUCAGUCUCCCCACCAAGCCUGGCCGCCUGGGAGCUCAGCAGCUGGAGGGACAUCUCAAACUCUUCAGGGAACCAGACAGCACCAGGGCGUUUGUACAGCAUGCUGGUGUCCUUCAGCUGGCCAUGGCAGCUGUACAGACCCUGAACCACCCCCUCUACCCUCACACGGAGGAGUUACUGGGUCUGGAGAAGACUCUGAUGCAGAACGCUGGAGACCAGGACUGUCCUACAGCACUGCAUCAGCUGACACAGCUGUUACAGGAGAGAGAAGAGUCUAAGGAUCGAGGUGGGCGGACCAGGAGACAGAGGUGUAGUCUGGAGGACGUGCUGGCCCUGCUGGUGUUUGUGUACUCACUGUUAGGGGAGGAACAUGUGGGAACAGCUGAGGAGGAGGGGAGGCUCAGGGACUACCUGGUCAACCCUUCUGAUGAAGAAGAGCUGAAGGAAACAAUAAUACAUGCCAUCCUGUCACAAGCAACCCUGUCCCCAGAGUUACAGUCAUUGGUUGGUGAGAAUACCACAGAAGACAGAAUACGAAGUGUCAUCAACGAUGUGUUCAUCAAGUUGAAAGGGCUUGGUAGGGCCAGGACAGGACUCCAACAGUUUGGUUCUGUGUUCACACCUGGCAGUGUGACCCAGGUAGCCUCGUACCGCCCCCUGGUGAGACAGCUGAUGGAACAGAUCUUCCACCCAGACAAACCUGACGUCCCCGACGUGGAACAUCUGUCCUCGGGGCUCACUGACCUGCUCAAGAGUGGCUUCAGGAUGUUCAUGAGUGUGUCGAAGCCCCGCCCGAGUGACCACCCUCUCCUGAUGGUGUACGUGGUGGGUGGAGUCACCUGUCAGGAGGUCCGACUCAUCAGGGAGGCCGUGGCAGCUGCCAAGACGGAGACUGAGGUUGUUGUAGGCAGCACCAGGCUACUGAAGCCUUCAGACGUGGUUCACCAAGUCUUGUGUCAGAACAACCUGUUCCCAGACCUGGGACUGUGACAAACGUCACCAUCAACUACAGUAGGAACUUCUAUGGGUAUAUUUAUGUCUUCUCCUUAAG